AUGUCGUUGACCAAGGAAGAAGUGAAGAAAUUGGUCGAAGAGUGGUUUUUCUACUUUCGAUCUGCUGGAAUUCCGGCGAAUGAGUCGGCAGCUCAGGCUGUUCGAUGUGUUCAAAAUGGCGAGACCUCGCCACCUCCUAAAAUCGACCCUCCCAUUGAUGGUCUCCCUGGAACACGUACAGUAGUUGUUAAUGCUACUGCGUCUGACCUUGACCAAGAGGUCAACACUGAGGCGAACGAAGAGCCCAAGAAAUUUGAUACGAGUAAAGAGCUUCCUGCACCGCCAGUUAUUGUUGUUGAAGAGCCACAGGAAGAAUCUGCUCCGAUCCCACACAGAACACGACGACCACGAUACGAUACUCAAGUUACUGUAAUUGGAACAGGUGGUGAGUCACCAGAAGGCCCUGUAGAAGAAUACGAGUCAUUUCUAAAUGACGCGGUGGAAGAUGACUUCGAAGCUGCAAAUCCAGUCGUUGACGAAAUUCCUUCUUCUGAAGCCCUCACUGAUCCCCUCGGAGCCAACAUCGUUGAAAUGAUGAAAACACAAGAGAGCAGCGACACUUAUCCAGCUACGAUUUUUGAAUUUUACGACUAUCUCAGGAGAAACAAGCUUACAUCUCUGAGAACUCUUGUUAGAACUGUGUUCUCUUGUCCCAAGACGUUGGCGAUGUCCUUUAGACUCGAGGAAAGUGAAGAGACAGACAUAACCGACGUUAACUCACAUGACUGGGGAGGUCUUCUGCGAAUCUACGAAGUAAUUGACGAACACCCGCUGCUUGAAGAAGCAGUUCGAAACUCCAUCACAGUUCUUUCAUGCCACCAUUGUUUCUCCGAAAAUUGGAAGCCUUUUCCCGUUGGAUAUCGCGUUGUCGCCUUGCUCAAGCUUUUACUGAAUCCUUAUCUUGGAAAUGAGUCGUAUUUUGAAAGAACCAUGCCUGCUAUUUGCAAUUUAUUCGGCGAUUUGUCUCAAAGAGAUCAGGAAAUCAUCGUCGAAAAACUCUCAGUCAAACCAAAAACGGAUCUUUCUGCCAUCGUUCAAAACCUCCAUCAGUUCAUCACUUUCCGAGUACUUGAAAACACGCCAGAAAAACUGCUCAACGAUGAUUUACAAAUUGAAAAUGCGCUGAAAACGAUGAGGCUCGUGUUUUUUGCUUCGCUCGUUGGUGGAGCAAGAGAAUCGGCAAACCUAAAUUCGGAAAUUGUCGACAUCAGCAGUGCUACAUCAAUGACCAGUAGCUGUAACAGCUCGGUAAUUACGAUUCCAGACGAAGGUCCUCUCUCCCGCCUCCGACGCUCCAACUCAAUCCAAAAGCUCGACAAUCAGAUCGCUGACAUUCUCCGCGGCAAACGACAGACCGAUGAUCGAAUUAAAAACAUCCAAGAGGACCCCCUUGCAAAAGCAUUCAAUGUGGACUGGUCGAUCGUGGAGACACCGUUGAUAGCUUAUAAUGAUUUUAUCAACCCUCAUAUCAAUAAGAAACUAGAGGUGGACAAGGACUAUGUGAAUUACAAAUUGAAUUUUGAAGAUGGACAGAAGAAUUUUACGAUGAUUUCCUAUCCUUUUAUUUUGGAUACCGCGACAAAAACCAUGUCGAUGUUUUACGAUAAUCGGGUAAAUCAAAUCCGUGAGCGCAGACGAGUCCUAAAUAGAAUCCGCCACGAUAUCGAACUCUACGAAGCUGGGGAAGAAACUGAAUUCAGUCCAGAAGAUCAACUUCCGUCGCCUUAUCUCAUUCUUCGAGUGCGAAGAGCGUUUAUUGUCGAGGAUGCUCUCUUCAAACUGGAAUUGGUUGCCGCGGAGCAUCCUCAUGAUUUACGAAAACAGCUCUGCAUUGAGUUCGAGGGCGAAGAAGGAGUUGAUGAAGGAGGUGUUUCGAAGGAGUUUUUUAGACUCAUUAUCGAUCGAGUCUUUAGUCCUGAUUAUGGGCUUUUCAUAUUUGACGAGGAAACGGACUAUUUCUGGUUCAACCCUUAUCCGCCCAUAUUCGGCUCCGAAGAAGAGAAGGAAUACAUGCUCAUCGGAAUGCUCUUCGGCCUUGCAAUUUACAACAACAUCACAAUGGACGUUCAUUUUCCUCCUGUCCUCUUCAAAAAAAUUCUUGGCUUCGAUGGAUUAUUUGAAGACCUGGAACACACGCACCCUUCUAUUUACAGAAGUCUUAUCACUUUGCUACAGUACGACUCGCAAGAGCUCAGUAUCGAGGACUGCUUUUGCUUGACUUACGAAGUCUCACGCAAAACCGUCUUUGGACAGACGGUCAACCACUCGCUUAUUCAAUACGGCUCCGAAAUUCCGAUAACAGAAGAGAACCGAAGCGAUUUUGUCUUUCGUUAUUCAGAUUGGCUUCUCAACAAGUCGAUCAAAAAACAAUUCAAUGCAUUUCUACGUGGUUUUGAGCUGGUUACAGAUGAGUCUCCAUUGAAAGUACUUUUUAGACCUCAGCAACUCGAGCAUCUCGUUUGCGGUGAACGAGAAUACGAUUGGGACAAGCUUCGGGAAGGAUGUCGGUACGAAGGAUUUGCUGAGUUUGACAAGACAAUCAGGUUUUUUUGGGAAGUCUUUGACUCUCUUUCAGUUGAAAAACGCAAAAAACUCCUUGAGUUCUUCACAGGAACCGAUAGAUGUCCAGUCGGUGGCCUUGCGAAGCUAAAAAUGACCAUAACAAAGAAUGGCCCUGAAUCAAAUCGCCUUCCAUCCGCGCAUACAUGUUUUAAUAUCUUACUUUUACCAGAAUACCAGUCGAAAGAAUUGCUUGAGGAAAGAUUAUUAAAAGCCCUGGAUAACUCGAUUGGCUUCGGAAUGAUCUAA